UUUCAGUUAGAAGCACUUCGGGCAUGGCGCGUGAUGGACAUGAUCCACGUGGCAAAGCAAACGGCAAGGGCAAGAAUGGCAGCUUAUCACGAGCUGCGCAUGAGGAGAUCUCAAGAACUUUGGUACGGAUUCUUCGUUACGAGUGAACCCGCUGAUUGGUGCGUGUGAGAACUGGUUCAGCGUUUUUGUACAAAGCGUUGGAAGCAAACACCCGAUUUUGGAGGAGUUUGUACCAAGGCUGAGCAAGUAUGCACUGGAGGGCCAAGCUGGCUGGGUUGAGCUUGUUAAAUCCUCAGUCAGAUAGCAGAUCAAGUGGUUUCACUCGUGUUUGUUGUUCCAAGGAUGACUUGAUGCAGAAAUGCAAGUCUCAAAUCCGAUAUUCGCGGGAAGAGGUCUUGUCAGUAGCGCGAGACAGUGAAGGCUCCCAAGGCAAACGCUUUGAAGUGCACCCCACAGGUGGUUGGCUGAGGGCCCGGUACAGACACAAUGGAACCUCAAAUGGAAAAGGAAAAGAAGGGAAAGAACGGAGAAACGGAAGCCAUUCGGGCUAUAGCUAUGCUUCUGGCACGAUUGAGAACACAGGCUGGGACAACUACCAAGGACCGGAAAGCUUCUCUUCCACUCCGCCCUGGUCAAGCAACGGCAUCUUGUCUAUGUAUUUUGACCUCGGCUUUGUUGAAGGCCCUGAAAGGGCAACUCAGAGUCACUAAAGCCAACAAGGCUGAGCUGGCCUGUGUCUUGCAAACGUAAUAGUGUUUUUUUGUGUUCCAGAGCCGCUAGCCUCAUGAUGUGAGAGAUUCACAAGACUCACCCUUUGUUACUAUUUGCUUCAUGUCCCAAGGUCACAUCAUGCAACCACAUCUUCUUAUUGUUACUAGUAGCAAUGCACUUGUUUCUAAUAGCAAACAUUGUUACUACUAGCGUGGCACUUGUUACUACUAGCGUCAUGAAAAACCAAUGCGCAGUGCCGAGCUUCGUGGGAUCAAGGUGGUGCAUGGCCCACCGCCCCCAUAGCUAUAGGAGCUGCAUCGAGAACCUUGUCUUCGCGAUCCCAUCACUAAGGUUCCUGAGGUCUUUGUCCUGCAUUGCUUCCGUACUUCGCAGUUGAUCUGGACUUGAAGUCCUUGGUGGUUGGCAUCUUUAUCGGUGUAGCCUUGUGGCCUUUUCUCGGUUUUCUGAAGGAAUCCUGGGUUCUUAUAGGCAUGUGUGUCAGUGAUCAGAAGACAGUUGGUGCACAGCUGGUGGCAUUGCAUCAUCGACCUGAUCCUCCGCUGUAAUGAUUUUUGCAGUGCACUGCGGAGGGCUAUUCCACUGGUUGGAAGAAGACCUAGCUUAGACCAUCUGUCAGUUGGAAGCCCUAGCUAAGGAUUGCAGGGAGUCAUUGAGAUCUGCCAAGAGACACAGACCAUCCACAGGGCAAGAUCAUCACGGGACUCGGUCCUCUCUGCACACGACGCAGCUCUGCAUUCAAAAUCGUCUUUGGCGUUUUCAAGGCCAACCAAGAAGUAUGGCUUUCAUGUACUGUUUUGCCCUCAAGACCGUGCGACAGCGAAGAGAAGACGCAUUGGAUCUGUAGGCUGUUGACGGGAGCCAAUUGACUGUACUGGAACAGUCAUCGCAGCGACUGAAUUCCGUUCCAGUUUCAGAUGUCGUUGAGAGCGAACAAGGCUGCCAGAGCUGGACAGCCUCUGUGAACGUACCGAAGCUUUUGCUAGCUGCUAGCUAAAAGCAAAGCCGGGUUUUGGCGAGCUUGGCCGCUACUCAUUCUUGACUGCCAAGAGCAAGACGCAUGAAAUCGGCUGGCCCGGUUGGAAGAAGCAAUCCUCAACAUCAACGUUGUCCUCCCAUAUUUUCUCUGACGCUUUGGGGCGGACGGCAGCUGAGGUGGAGGACUGAAGCGGCAGUUUGCUCGCUUCGAGCUUUCGAGUUUCAGGCCUUCGCUGCUUUUGACGAUUUCUUCAUGACACCAAGCCGACGAAAACUGGCUUGCAGAAAAUGUUGCCUGGUGAGCUGUCCGGGGUGGAUGUUGUCGUUGCCAAACAAAUCCUAGCUGAUAGAUGACAGUUUCAAGGUGAACCAAAUGUCAAUCCAAGCCCUUUUUUGGGCACGCGUAUGCCUUCGUCGUGUACCCCUUUGCAGUUGGUUUCGUCUCUUAGACGAGUGAUUUGCGCACACCCAGCUCCUUUUGCUUUUUGCUUUGGAAGGAGGUCGAUGUUCCUUUGAAAGACUUUGCUUGGCUCUGUGCUCUCGUUCGAACUGGAACAGAAUGACGGAAAGGCUGUGAGCGGGACGCAAGCUGGUUGAAAUGCGUGAAUCUGUCAGUGCAUUUCCAAUCCUGUGAUGAUGGGAGAAGCAGCAAUAAUCGUUGC